AUGUCACGCGUAUCCGACCUCGAGGGGGACGUCAAGUCAAAACUUGACGUCAAUCACGUUGAGCACACGGAUGCAGACUACAGCCGCAAUAUCGACGCAAAAAUCCGCAAUCCACUCAUCGGAGUCUCCAAGACAGAUCUUCGCGUUCAGGUGUCUGGAUUCUGCCGCGAGUAUGGCUUCCGCGAAAAAGAGGAAGUCUUUUAUCGCGGCGCUCUCGCAGCUCAAAACCCAGAGACGUACGAUUCGUUCGAAGAACUGACUGAGGACGACAAAAAUGUGCUCCGCCGGGAGGCCACCCACAAAUGGCAUCUUCCCCGGGACCUCUACUGGAGCAUCGCCCUCUGCUCACUCGGCUCUGCUAUCCAGGGAUGGGAUAACACGGGUGCCAACGGCGCCAACCUCUCUUUCCCUCAAGAGUUCGGUAUCGUGGACAGGCAGGCACUAGUUGGUGUCAUCAACGCCGGCCCGACCUUGUUCGGUCUCCUGAGCGCAUGGGCUGCCGACCCUAUUAACAACUACCUAGGUCGCCGCGGAACGAUCUUUUUGACUGGUCUGUUUUGUGUGUUUCCCGUUCUUGCCCAGGCUUUUACGCAGAAUUGGUGGGGCCUCUUGAUUUGCCGUCUGUUUAUGGGCCUAGGAAUGGGAGUCAAGAUUUCAACAAUUCCGGUAUACUCGGCCGAGGUUGCGCCUGCUGCUAUUCGCGGCGGAAUCGUCACUAGCUUCCAGCUGUGGGUCGCGUUCGGUAUCUUCGUCGGCUUCUGCUCCAACUUGAUAUGGUUUCGUAUCGGCGAUUUAGCAUGGAGAUUCCAGUUGGGUGCCGCAUUUGCUCCUGCUAUUCCAGUUCUUAUCUUUGUUUGGUUCUGCCCUGAAUCUCCUCGUUGGUUGAUGAAAAAAGGUCGCUACCAAGAGUCCUUCAAAUCCUUCUGUCGCCUUCGGAAUACCGAAAUGAUGGCUGCCAGAGAUUUGUACUACGCCCAUAGGCAAGUCAUUGAAGAAAAAGACGCGUUCGGUGGCCAGACGCUUUUACGGCGAGUGACCGAUCUGCUUGUCAUUCCCCGCCUCCGCCGUGCAACCAUCGCCUCAUCUUGGAUAGUAAUUUCGCAACAAUUCAGCGGGAUUAACAUCAUGGCCUUUUACUCUUCGACAAUCUUUGAGCAAGCUGGCUAUUCCGCCCAACAAUGUCUCCUCGCCUCUAUGGGAUUCGGCCUCGUCAUGUUUGUCUUCGCCUUCCCGGCGGUGUACAUGAUGGAUACUUUCGGCCGAAGGAAUCUCCUUCUUAUCACCUUUCCUAACAUGGCUUGGUGCCUAUUAGCCUCGGGCCUUUGCUUCCUUAUCAAUCAAGGUUCAAGCUCGAGAGUACCACUCAUUGCAUUCUUCAUCUAUCUAUUCACAGCAAUGUACGGGCCAGGCAUGGGUCCUCUCCCAUCCAUUUACUUUUCAGAGGCUUUCCCUCUGUCUCAUCGUGAGAUAGGCUCAGCAUUCACGAUCUGCGUCAACAAUGCGGUUGGUAGUGCCCUCACUUUAACCUUCCCCGAGCUUUUACACAGGAUUGGGCCGACUGGGGCAUUCUGCUUCUAUGCCGGUCUCAACCUGCUCGCUUUCAUCGUCAUCUUCUUCCUCAUUCCAGAGACAAAGUGGGUCCAUCUUCAUAUCGCUCAGAAAGCCAGAAGCAAUUACUCACUCUUGGUACCAGGCAACGGACACUGGAAGAGCUAG